UCUCUCUCUCCGCGAGCGCCGCCGCCGAAAGGAGUGGAGAGAGUAGAGAAAAAAAUAUCUGAGGGGGCGCGGGGGGAAGGAGCUGGAUGUGGGGGGAUUUGGUCGGCGCCAGCAAAGGCCCCGCGAACCCGCAACGUGGUGGUGAGGCGAUUCCCAUUUGCUUGCCUCCCCCCGGGGCCCAGACGCCUCCUCCUCCUCCUCCUCCUCGCACUGUUUCCCUUUCCCCUCCUCCUCCUCCUCCUCGAUUGAUUGCCCUCCUCUUCUCCCUCCUCGCUGCUGCUUGAGCCGUGAUCCCAUUUGCUAGCUUAGCUUAGCUCAGCUCGGCUCGGGGGCGGCGGAGGCGGAUCGGAUGCCGGGGCUCCACGUGGUCUCCUUCCUCGUUGUGCUACUGCUGCAGCUGAGAUCUUCUGGAAUGCAUCUUGUGGCUUCUGAGCUAUUCUGGUAAAAUCUUGACAUGGCCCGAGCAGAGACAAGCAAGGGGAGCAUCCAGAGGGGUAAUACCCUUCCAAAUGGGGACAUCUACGUGGGGAGCUUCGAUGGGUUAGUCCCUCAUGGACCGGGAAAGUAUAUGUGGACAGAUGGAGCUCUUUAUGAUGGUGAGUGGGACAAGAGUAAAAUGACCGGGAGAGGACUAAUUCAGUGGCCUUCUGGUGCAUCCUAUGAAGGUGACUUCCGUGGAGGUUUCAUUGAUGGAGCAGGCACUUUCAAGGGAGUUGAUGGCUCAGUUUACAAAGGUUCUUGGAGGAUGAACAAGAAGCAUGGUAUGGGGACAAUGGUUUACUCUAACUCCGACACUUAUGAAGGUUUCUGGAAUGAAGGUUUACCUGAUGAAUUUGGUAAAUACACAUGGGCUGAUGGCAACGUAUACAUUGGAAGAUGGAAAUCAGGCAAAAUGAAUGGCAGCGGGGUAAUGCAGUGGAUAAAUGGUGAUACUCUUGACUGUAAUUGGCUCAAUGGCCUGGCUCAUGGCAAAGGUUACUGCAAAUAUGCAUCUGGGGCUUGCUACAUUGGUACAUGGGAUAGAGGACUAAAGGAUGGCCAUGGUACAUUUUAUCAACCUGGAAGCAAAAUUCCUUGUAACCUUGAAGUUUCUGACUGUCUAACAAGUCAUGAUGGUACAAGUGCUUCAAGUUCUAGUAAUGAAAAGAUCACUAUUGGACUGUUAUUUCUAUUGCAAAAACUGUGCAAGAAUUGGAGGUUGCGUAGGUUUCUUCAUCGGCCCAGACGUAUUUCAAAUGGUACCACACCAGUUUUCGAUGAUAAUUCUGGAAGCCAUCUAUGCCAAGAUGUAUCAAGUAAAUCAUUUUCAGCUGAUGAUCAGUGUCUACAAGACAGUGAAGUUGAUAAAGAUUCGGUUUAUGAACGGGAAUACGUACAAGGAGUGCUUAUCAUGGAACAACCAAAAAACGAAGAUUCAAGAAUGUCGGAGAGCGGUAUAGCACAAGAAAAUAACUGGGAGAAACAAGCUAAAGGACCAAUGGAGACUAUUUACAAGGGCCAUAGGAGCUAUUAUCUAAUGCUUAACUUGCAACUUGGCAUCAGGUAUACUGUAGGUAAAAUUACCCCUGUGCCUUUGCGUGAAGUUCGUUCAAAUGAUUUUGGACCUCGAGCACGAAUAAAAAUGUACUUCCCUUGUGAGGGAUCCCAGUAUACCCCUCCGCACUACUCUGUCGAUUUCUUUUGGAAAGACUAUUGUCCGAUGGUCUUCCGGAAUCUUCGAGAAAUGUUUCAUAUCGAUGCUGCAGAUUACAUGAUGUCUAUAUGUGGUGGUGAUAGUCUAAAGGAGCUUUCUUCACCUGGGAAAAGUGGCAGCAUUUUCUAUCUUUCUCAAGAUGAACGUUUUGUUAUAAAAACAUUGAGGAAAACUGAGCUGAAGAUACUAUUGAAGAUGCUUCCAAAGUAUUACAAUCAUGUCAAAGCUUAUGAUAAUACGCUCAUUACAAAAUUCUUUGGCGUGCACAGGAUUACUCUGAAACCUGGAAGAAAGGUCCGUUUUGUUGUCAUGGGAAAUAUGUUUUGUACUGAACUGCGAAUUCAUCGUAAGUAUGACUUAAAGGGCUCUACACAAGGCCGAUCAACAAAGAAGCAAAAUAUAAAUGAGAACACAACACUAAAGGACCUUGACCUAUCAUAUGUUUUUCACGUGGAUAAACCAUGGAGGGAGGCACUUUUCAGGCAGAUAGCUCUUGAUUGUAUGUUCCUGGAAUCCCAAUCUAUAAUUGACUAUAGCAUGCUAUUGGGAAUCCAUUUCCGAGCUCCCAAUCACCUGAAGCGUAUCACAUCAUGUCAGAACGCUCUUGAAAGUACUGGAAUUUCAGCUGAAACGGAAUGUAGUGUUGCACUGCAUCAUGAGGAGACAAUUUCUUCAAAGGGAUUUCUACUAGUUGCUGCUGAUGAGCCAGGUCCAGCAGUACGUGGUUCGCACAUAAGAGGAAGCAUGGUUAGGGCAGCAGAAGGUGGUUAUGAAGAAGUUGAUCUUGUUUUGCCAGGCACUGGAAGGUUCCGUGUUCAGCUAGGGGUGAAUAUGCCAGCUCGAGCUCGGAAAGUGCAAGAGGACGUGAACGUAGAAGUAGAAAACAGGGACACCAUUGAAGAGUAUGAUGUUGUCCUAUACCUUGGUAUCAUCGACAUACUACAAGAGUAUAAUGUGUCCAAAAGAGUUGAGCAUGCUGUCAAAUCACUAAAAUUCGACCCUCUUUCGAUAUCAGCUGUUGAUCCAAAUUUGUAUUCGAGACGAUUUAUAAGUUUCUUGGAGAAGGUUUUCCCCGAGCAAGAUUGAACAGUAAAUAGAUAUUGCAAGUUUCUUGGA